UUCCUCACUCUGCAGAGACUUAAAUAAAAAUGUUACCUUCAUUUCAUUACUUUAAAAAGUUGAUAUCAAGAUCUGAUAUAUUUGAAGUUUAGCUAAAUAAAUACUGCACUUUUAUUUGAGGACACUUCCUUAAACCCCAUAUUUUUAAGUUAAUUCUUGCAGAUUAAUAUUUGGCAAAUAUGCAAACUUUUUUUGUGGUUACCACAUGUCUAAGUGGUAGCUGGUCUAGCAGACCAUGGCUGGCGAUGGUCUAGCUAAUAUUGUUGGACCAGUAAGUGGUAUAGUAAGUUACCAAGUAUAACUGUUACUUUUAGUUCACUUGUUUAAAAUGUUCCCUGCAUAUUGUUUAUUUAUAAAUAUAGUUUUAUAAUAUAUCCUAUAACUUACUUGUCCUGUAACAUGUUACUUGAUAAAUAUGUACUCCCAUUUACUAAAUUUUUAUUUUCUGCAAAUUUGUCUUGAGGUGUAGGAACUUUUAACUGCUUGUAGUACUAAAUUUCAGUUUGCUGUUUUAAAGCUGGAGUUGCAAUGAGUGGGUAAGUACUAAUUGGGCACAAUGUCCAGGUUAAAAAAAAAAGUAAAGGAACAGUUAAAAUACUGCGUAGCUAUAAUUAUGAUCUAAUAAUAUAAAUUGUUCUUACAUUAGUUUUUACAUUUAGUUUUUAUGUAUGCCAACUUAUGGCAUCAUAAUGAAAGGUAAAAGCACUGUACUUUUUUGUGAUUUUUGAAAUCCAAUGGCUGAGGCCUAAUUCUAAUAUUGAAAUGUUUAAGGCUUUAACAAAACAAACCUUCAUUAAGAAGAGCUUCUGUCAUUGUUACACUACACGGGCGACGAGGAGUCACAAGUAAGAUUAAGUUGUUUAACACUGUUGCCUUUUUGAGUUCUAGCAUUAAUACGUAAGGCAAGUACAGACUUCAUAUGUUAACAGAUAUUUUUCUUGUGGUAGUUAAUAUUCAAAACCCUUUAAGAAAAUAAAAGAAAUCAGAAUCCACAGACCGACUAAGCUCUCAUUAUAACCCUGGGCAUGCAUUCAGGAUGUCACAUGAGACUAAUUUAUUAACUCUACCUUUUACAGUUGAUCGAAUUUACUCCUAUAUAGGCUAUGAAGAGUGCUUUGGUAGUGGCCAUGCAGAAUUCUAACCUAAAUACACAGAGGACAGUGUUUUCUUAAAGGCACAGUAUACCCCUGAGUUGAACAAAUAGGGCUUGUGUUGAACAUAGGUUUUAUUCUUUCUUUUAAACUCAAAUUUGCGUGAAAGUAGUUUUUGUAAGCUUCUCCAAAUCGGGGAAAAAAUCUUUCGAUAAAUGCAGUUUUUGCAUGUGUUGACAAUUAUUUUGGUGAAGGAAUCUAUUGCUUGUCUGAAUAAUAUAUAUGUGGACAUUUCCCUGUUACAUGAUGUCUUGCUUUAUUAAGGAUGAAGCAGCUUCUCAAUAGGAAAUCAUCAGACUGCUGUAUUGCAAUAAGGAGGGGUAGAAAGUACCCGUAAGUCUACAUUUUACGCCAAUAAGAAUUAAUGAUCUACUGUAGAAUAACUUUUUUUACACGGUAAAAAGCCAUGGGUAAAAUGAAUUGAUUUAAAUAUUUUGAUGCACAAAGCCCUACAUUAAACAGUUCUUUAGGGCAGCUAAUAUGGCUGCUGGAUUAAUGAAAUGUUGAGCAGGUAAUAGUGAGAGAUUGAUAUUUCCGAAUUUGUAAAUUAUUCUAAGUACUUUGGGAUUGCCAUCAGCGAUACAAAUCAUUCUUUACUGUAUCGUGGAUGUUUGACAUGAAUAGGAAACCAACAUUGAUGCCUUUUGAUAGUUUUAAAAUGCUUGUAAUGCACAACCCCUUUCAGUGUCAAAAUUUCUCAUUAUAUCUGGUUAUAGCUGGCAUGUAUCACUGUGUAAAUGCCAAUAAAAAUCCAUAGCACCGUGAAUAGUUUACAUUACAACCAUAAAAAGGAAAUUGGAGAUUAAUUAUGUGUGAAACCUUUUUUGGCUGUAAGAGCAAUAUUAAAGUGAAAAUAUUGCAUGACAUUUCCCCCUUCGAAAGAUAUUGUGUAUGUUUAUCCAGAUAAUUUAAUGUCAUUUCAAGAAGGUUAAUGCAUAUAAUAGGUUGGAUGUACAGGAGAUAGAGAUCUAGAGAUAAAGCUGAUAUUUUUCUAUACAACUUGGUAUGUGAUAGUCUCAGUUCGGUGAAUCCUAACCUAUUUCUUUUUAUUGGUUUUUUGUUAAAUGUGUUAGAAUAAACUAAAGUAUUUAAAAUAAGGUGUAUAGUUAACUCCAUAACCAAAGAAUUGGUAUAGAAGUGCUUGACUUUCUUCGGGUCCCCUGAUUAAAAAAAAUAUAUUAAGAAAUUCUUAAGAAUGGGUUAAUUUAAAGCAUCUUGAAUUCUUUAGCCACAUGUGAACUUCCAGCCCAGAGUCAUAAUUGCAGAUCUUACAUCGUUUUUAGGCUCUUCACGUAAAUGAUAUUUUUUUAGGAUUAAAACACUUAAAGCUGAAGUUCACCUUUAAUUUUAGAAUGUUGCAGAUGGAGAAAAUCUGAUUAGUCUGGAAAAAACUGUCCCCAUUUUUAUCUUGUUGAAUGUCAUUAUGGUUACUUUUUGGUUAAGUUAUUUAUUACCUUUUUGACUAUUUUAAAAUAAAACUAAAUAAUACUAUCUGCUUGCCAGUGUUGUUGACCCCCACCCAGAAGGAAGAUCAUGAAGCUACAUGCGUAUUAUUUAUUUAUUUGUUUAUUUCGCUUUUCUUUGCAUUCAGCCACUCAAUGGUUCAUCAUUUAUUGUGAUGUUCCCAAGGACUGCUUACUUUUUAGAAUCACAAGACUUGUAACCAGAUAGUUUUAAGGGGUAAUUCAUCUUUGUUAACAUUUAGUAUUUUACAGAACGUCCUAUUCUUAGUGUUUUUUCAACAGCCAUUAUCUUUUUUGCUUUUUUAAAUUAUUGGCAAUUGUUUUUUGCAUCUCUUCAGCUUUAAAAAACAAACUUUAUUUUUUUACUUUUUAUUAUUUAUCUUUCUAUUGAGGCCACCUCUCAUCUUCCAGUCUCUCAUUAAAAAAAACAAAACUACUGCCUGGUUGCUAGGGUAAUACAGACCAUAGCAAUAGAUAGCCAAUGAAAUUUUAGGCUGGAGAGCUGCUGAACAAAAACACAAAGCUAAAUUAAUUUAAAACCUACAAAAAAUUAGGGAACUGCAAAAUGACACAAUCAUUAAAAAAUGCAGACAGUUCUUAUUUUCUGACUCCAUCAUUGUCUCCAUCAUAAUAGUUAUUAUUGGUAAACUUCCCCUUUAACUAAAAUCAACCCCCCCCCCCCCUCGGUUUUUUUUUUGUUUUUUUUUUUGUUUUUUUAAUAUCCCUUUGCUAAAUAUUCUAAUGGAUACUAGAUAAGAAGCAGGCUAUACUAAUGUUUCCUGAAUGAUAUUGUUUGUGUUUGGUACCAAAUAAUCCAGCCUCUCCCACUAACCAAGUGAGACGCUGGAUGGUUGCGGGGGGUGGAGGGUGGGAUGGUGGUCAUGGCACUAACGUUACCUCUGUAGUGGAACCAAUGACAGAAGCUGUUCUUUAGAAUUUCCAGGGUGGCAGCUCUACGUGCUGAUUGAGCCAGGCAAGCUGUGCAGAAACCCUCGCAGUGCAAGAUGAAGGUAUCUAAGAAUCUAAGUGUUGCCUUUCAUACCCAGCCAUAAAGUGCUAAUCUCUGCCAUCCCAAGUUCUGCAUUUCCCUCAAAAUAAUCAUGAGCUGCAGAGAGCCCUUCAGAACCAAUCCACUAGAAUGAUUCUUGAUUUGGGCUACUCCCAAGGACAUGGACUUAAUGGACUUCUGUUACACAUGAUAGGCCAGGCAGGCUGGGUAACAUCAGCUAAGGUCUGUCUUCACUGGCUACUGAUGGUGUACACUAUCCAAGCUGCUCACCUGUGCUGGGAGCAUGUCAAGUGACUGCCUGGCCCAGCUCAACAGACUGAUGAAAAAGGACUAGAAAAGACUUGUUUUCUGCCAGCGUUAUCUUCUUAAUCAUCUUAGGCUCCUAUUGCAUCAUCACUUAUACUUGCAAUUAUUCCGUUUAUUUUUUUUAAAUUAGUUUUCAUUUGUGAUACAGAAAACAAGCAUUGAGCUACAGCAAAGGGGCCUAUUUUGCUGAAAAGCCUUCCCAAAAAAUAAUACAGGUUUAAUGCUGUGCAGCUGCCAUGUGUAAAUGAUGUACCUUCAUCUUCUGAAAUGUAUAUCAAUGCAAAUCUAUUUUGUUAUGAAAACAGAUUGUUGAAAUGUGUAGUGGUAUGCUUUUUCCCUCUCCCCUGAAUAAAAUUGUGUUUUUCCCCUAAGUUCAUAGUAUUUUAUACCAUUUUUUUUAAAACCUCUCCAUUCUCUGUCUUGUAAAAUAGCAUGCUUAUACUUAUUUUGGAAAAAAAAGAAUUUGAAAUGCCAAAUAGAAAAAAAAAAGGACACAGAAUAUACAAAAAUGACAAUCCGAAGACCAGUUAAUAUUAACAUUAUCACCUUUUGUUGCUUUUUUUUCUGCUCCCGAUUUUAUUUUCUGAAAUAAUAAACUGCUGAUAUUUAUUUUCAGGAAUUUAUUGCCAAAAUGUCCUUCUCUUCCCCAGUACAACUGUAGGUACAAUUGUUCAUUUUUAUCCAAUGCGCACGUUGAAAAUACUGUCUUUAAGUAUUUUGUUUUAAAUUUGUUUUCAAGUAAUUUAUUUUUAUUUAAUACUUUUCAGAAAUACCAAAUUUUUAUGUUAAGUUAGAAGAUGUAUUGCCCAUAUUGUACUGGUCCUUCACUUUUAUUGAAGGUGUUUGUGUAACAGAGCCUCAAAAGUCUGAAGGUAUUUUUUUUUAAUUUUGGGGAAGAAUAAAUCUUUCAUUCUCGAAUUUACAUGCACAUGCUAACAUGUUGACAACAUGGGUUAAAUCUGUACCCCCUAUAUCUGGCUCAAAAAACACCUUCACAUUGUUACACUUUCACCUCCUGUGAUGGACAAUUCUGAUUUCCUUAUACAUUUUGCAACAGAUGGCUGUUUUCUAAUUUAACAUAAAGAUUGUUUUAUUGUUGAAUCUGAGUGGAGGAGAAAGUCACGCACCUUUGCCUUUCUCCCUGUAGGCGUUUGUAGUGAAAAGCCUUUUGGAAUACACUCAACAGAGCAGCAAGGACCCCGGUUACAGCUUGCUUUUAGUGUUUGCUUUGCUGAUGACGGAGAUUGUUAGAUCCUGGUCUCUAGCGCUUACUUGGGCUUUAAAUUAUCGAACUGGUUCACGUCUUAGAGGUGCUGUCCUGACCAUGGCGUUUAAGAAGAUUCUGAAAUUGAAGAAUAUAAAGGAGAAAUCAAUGGGAGAGCUGAUAAAUGUCUGCUCCAGUGAUGGUCAAAGAAUGUUUGAAGCUGCUGCUGUUGGCAGUUUACUGGCUGGCGGUCCCAUUGUUGCAAUACUGGGGAUGAUUUAUAAUGUCAUUAUUCUUGGACCUACUGGUUUUCUGGGCUCUGCUGUUUUCAUUCUCUUUUACCCUGCUAUGAUGUUUGUAUCAAGACUCACUGCUUACUUUAGGCGCAAAUGUGUGUCUGUAACGGAUGAGCGGGUUCAAAAAAUGAAUGAAGUUCUUAACUACAUUAAAUUUAUAAAAAUGUAUGCUUGGGUGAAGGCCUUCUCCCAAAAUGUGCAAAAAAUAAGAGAAAAUGAACGUAGUAUACUUGAGAGAGCCGGUUAUUUCCAGAGCAUCACUGUUGGAAUUGCACCCAUUGUUGUUGUCAUUGCAAGUGUUCUGACGUUUUCUGUUCACAUGAUUUUAGGAUAUGAUCUAACUGCUGCACAGGCUUUUACAGUUGUCACAGUCUUCAACUCCAUGACUUUUGCCUUAAAAGUGACACCAUUCUCAGUGAAGUCUCUAUCAGAGGCUUCUGUUUCCAUGGAUCGGUUUAAGAGUUUAUUUCUAAUGGAAGAGGUUCACAUGGUAAAGAAAAAGCCAUCCAGCCCUAACCUCAUCAUAGAGCUGAAAAACGCCACAUUAGCGUGGGACACUACCUACGCUAGUACCCAGUGCUCUCCGAAGGGCACCCCCAAAUUGAAAAAAGGAAAAAAGGGGGUCAAGGGAAAGAAAGAAAAGUGCAGUCAUGAAAUUGAGGGGUCCCAAGCAGUUCUGGCUGAGCAAAAAGGACAUCUCCUGAUUGAUAGUGAUGAGCACCCCAGCCCUGAUGAAGAGACCAAAGAGCUUCCAGUGAUAAAUGUAAAACUGCAGAGGGCCUUGUACAGCAUUGACCUGGAUAUUGAAAAGGGCAAGCUAAUUGGAAUAUGUGGUAGCGUGGGAAGUGGAAAAACCUCACUGAUCUCCGCCAUUCUGGGACAGAUGACACUUUUGGAGGGCAGUAUUGCUGUCAGCGGCAGUUUUGCAUAUGUUGCACAGCAGGCCUGGAUUUUGAAUGCCACUCUCAGGGACAACAUUUUAUUUGGGAAGGAAUUUGAUGAGGAAGAGUAUAAUGCUGUUCUAAACGUUUGCUGCCUUCGACCAGAUCUUGCAAUUCUUCCUAAUGGAGACCUGACAGAGAUUGGAGAACGAGGGGCAAAUCUGAGUGGUGGCCAAAGACAGAGGAUUAGUCUUGCAAGAGCUUUGUAUAGUGAUCGCAGCAUUUAUAUUCUUGAUGAUCCUCUAAGUGCCUUGGAUGCCCAUGUUGGUAACCAUAUAUUCAACAGCGCAAUCAGAAAACAUCUGAAAUCUAAAACCAUCCUAUUCAUCACUCACCAGUUGCAGUACCUUGUGGACUGUGAUGAUGUAAUUUACAUGAAGGAAGGGUGCAUCACAGAAAGAGGAACACAUGAAGACCUAAUUAAGCUCAAUGGGGAAUAUGCUGCCAUAUUUAAUAAUUUCCAGCUAGGAGAUGCUCCUCACAUUGAGCAGAUGAACCUUAAAAAGAAUUUGAAAAACUCACUAAAGAAACCUCUAGAAAAAGGCAAUAAGGCUGGAUCUGUGAAGAAAGAAAAGACUGUGAAAAAGGAAGAAGGCCAGCUCAUGCAGCUAGAAGAAAAAGGCAAAGGAUCUGUGCCAUGGUCUGUUUAUGGAGCUUACAUUCAGUCGGCUGGAGGUCCAUUUGCUUUCCUUAUCAUCAUGACCUUGUUUGUACUCAAUGUAGGAAGUACCGCAUUCAGUAACUGGUGGCUCAGCUAUUGGAUAAAACAAGGCAGUGGGAAUACCACUGUUGUGGUUCACAAUGAGACGGUUGUCAGUAAUAGUAUGAAGGACAAUCCACACGUACUCUUCUACACUGCCAUUUAUGCUCUCUCCAUGGUUGUGAUGCUUCUUUUGAAGGCUGUGCGUGGCAUCGUUUUUGUUAAGGGAACUUUGCGUGCAUCUUCCAGGCUUCACGAUGAGUUAUUUCGCCGUAUCCUGAGAAGCCCAAUGAAAUUUUUUGACACCACCCCAACUGGGCGCGUUCUAAACAGGUUUUCUAAAGACAUGGAUGAAGUUGACGUACGCCUACCCUUCCAAGCAGAAAUGUUUGUACAAAAUGUGAUCUUAGUCUUCUUCUGCCUGGGAGUUAUCUCUUUUGUAUUUCCUUGGUUUCUGGUGGCUGUUGGACCUCUAGUUGUUCUCUUUACUAUACUGCAUGUCGUCUCAAGAGUUUUCAUCCGUGAGUUAAAGAGACUGGAAAAUAUUACACAGUCCCCUUUCCUGUCUCACAUAACUUCUAGUAUUCAAGGGCUUACCACCAUUCAUGCUUACAGCAAAGGAAAUGAGUUCCUACUCAGGUAUCAAGAACUGCUUGAUAAUAACCAGGCUCCCUUUUACCUUUUUAAUUGUGCCAUGCGCUGGUUGGCCAUACGACUAGAUGUCAUCAGUGUGUCCCUUAUCACCACUACAGGCCUCAUGAUUGUUUUGAUGCAUGGAAAUAUCUCACCAGCAUAUGCUGGGCUAGCCAUGUCAUAUGCAGUACAGUUAACAGGUUUAUUCCAGUUUACUGUCAGACUGGCCUCUGAAACUGAAGCUCGGUUCACAUCUGUUGAAAGGAUCAACCAUUACAUCAAAACUUUGGCACUAGAGGCUCCUGCACGCAUUAAAAACAAGGCACCUCCAGCAGAUUGGCCCCAGGAAGGAGAAAUCAAAUUUGAAAAUGCAGAAAUGCGUUACCGCGAGAACUUGCCCCUUGUCUUGAAGAAGGUAUCUUUCACCAUUAAACCUAAAGAGAAGAUUGGUAUUGUGGGAAGGACUGGAUCAGGAAAAACUUCCCUAGGAAUGGCUCUUUUUCGACUGGUAGAACUUUCUGGUGGUUGCAUCAAGAUCGAUGGUGUUAAAAUCAGUGACAUUGGUCUGGCAGACCUAAGGAGUAAACUAUCAAUAAUUCCUCAGGAACCUGUUUUGUUUAGUGGGACGGUGCGGUCAAACCUGGAUCCCUUCAGUCAGUACAGUGAAGAGCAAAUAUGGGAUGCAUUAGAGAGGACACACAUGAAAGAAUGUGUUGCACAACUACCUCUGAAACUUGAAACUGAAGUACUUGAGAAUGGCGAAAAUUUCUCAGUUGGAGAGCGACAACUUAUGUGUAUUGCAAGAGUACUAUUGCGUCGUUGUAAAAUUCUGAUUCUCGAUGAGGCUACUGCGGCCAUGGAUACAGAAACUGAUCUUCUCAUUCAGGAAACUAUCAGAGAGGCUUUUGCAGAAUGCACAAUGUUGACAAUUGCCCACCGUCUGCAUACGGUCCUUAGCUGUGACCGUAUUAUGGUGCUGGCACAGGGACAGGUCAUGGAAUAUGACACACCUUCUGCCCUGCUGUCUAAUGAGAAUACAAGGUUCUUCUCCAUGUUUGCUGCAGUGGAAAACAAGAUUACUGUCAAGGGCUGACCUCAAAGCCUCAAUCGUUCCAUCCUGCGGUGGCUACUCGCUGCUUCUUAUUCCCUGCCUGUGGCAGGCACACUCCACCUCUUAUAUUUCAUGAUUUUCUGAACUUGUUAUCUUUUUGGCUUUUUUUAAUUUCUUCCCUUUUUUACUUUAGUAUGUUUUUAUUUUUUUUUAGCACAAACCAACUUCAGGACUGAUUAUAUUCUUUUUCUCUUUUAGUUUUUUUUUGGAAGUAAUAUUCGUGUUCUAUUGUAUUUAUUCUGAUUACUAAAGAUACAAAUAUAUGCAUUUUCCUUAAAAAUGCACUGAAAAGAAAAACAAAUGGUUCAGGCAACCAUAGUUCUGUAUGUAGCCUGCUUAGAAAGGCGCUUUCUACAUGCAGCUGUAUAUAGCCUAUAUUUACUGUGAAAAUGUAAGCUGGUUUAUUUUAUAUUAAAAUGAGCACUGGGUUAAGUAUG